AAAAAAAGAAAAAGAAAAAAGAAAUUCAUAUAAUAUUUGCCGUUGAAGUUAAAAAGGAGGAAGAAGGCGGAGGAGGAGGUGCGAAGUAGGGAAUAGCGAGCGAUGAAUGAAGGAAGCAAGAGAGAGCAAGGAGACUGAUGAAGAGCCCAAUCCCUACAAACUCCUCCAUGAUUUUUGGGUUUAGUUCCUUUCCCUCCUCCUCCAAAUCCCAAUCCCUCUCUUCUCCUUCUUCCACUUCCUGCAAGUCUCCCUUUUCGGACCAGGUAUUCUUAUUUCUUUAUUUUUCCUUUUUCUCUGAUUUCCUCCUUCUUUCUCAUCUCUUUCCCUUUCUUCAUCAAUUUUUCAAUGCGACCACUCACUCUCACACCCAAAUUCCUUUCUUCUCCAUUCAUGGUGACCCUCCACUUCAUUUACGGAACCUUGUUUGACAAUUAUUAUUACCUCCAGACCUGAAUUUCAUCCUCAUUUUCUUCUCCAUUUCAAUUUUCCUUCCUCAUCAAUGGAUUCCAGUUCCAUCAUCACCAAUUCUUUCCAAGAGCCAUGCCUUGGCAUGGAGUUUGAUUCUCACGAACAUGCAUAUUCAUUCUAUAGAGACUACGCCAAGACUAUGGGCUUUGGAACUUCCAAAUUAAGCAGCCGUCGUUCUAGGGCAUCCAAGGAAUUUAUUGAUGCAAAGUUUUCAUGCAUGAGAUAUGGCAAUAAGCAGCAGUCUGAUGAUGCUAUCAACCCACGUCCUUCCCCCAAAAUUGGUUGUAAAGCCAGCAUGCACGUCAAGAGAAAAAAUAAUGGCAAAUGGUAUGUUUAUAGUUUUGUGAAAGAUCAUAACCACGACCUUUUACCUUCUCAAGUUCAUCUUUUUAGAAGCCACCGAAAUAUUGAUCCACUCAAAAACGACGUUAGAAUACGGAGACGGAAGAAUUUAGCUGCCAUCUCAAAACUGUUCAGUGCUUAUCAGAAUGUUGAUUGUUUAGAAAGCUUUGUGAGAAACCAACACGAUAAGGGUCGCACAUUGGUUCUAGAAUCAGGGGACGCGCAUAUUCUGCUUGAACUUUUUAUGCACAUGCAGCAAGAAAAUCCAAAAUUCUUUUAUGCAGUUGAUAUGAAUGAAGAGCACCAGUUGCGCAAUGUGUUCUGGGUUGACGGCAAAGGUAUGGAAGAUUAUGCACACUUUGGAGAUGUGGUUUCAUUUGACACCACGUAUUUCACAAACAAGUAUAAGCUUCCAUUAGUCCUUUUUAUAGGAGUGAACCAUCACAUUCAACAUACGCUACUUGGUUGUGCACUGAUUGCAGAUGACACAGUUUAUACAUAUCUGUGGUUAAUGCAAACUUGGUAUAUAGCAAUGGGAGAACGAGCUCCAAAGGUGAUACUCACUGACCAAAAUACCUCUAUUAAAGCAGUCAUUGGGGCAGUUCUUCCUGGAACACGUCACUACUUUUCUCUGUGGUAUAUUUUGGAAAAGAUUCCUAAAGAGCUUGAGUUUUUAAGCAUGUGGCACGAGAAUUUUAUGGAGAAGUUCAAGAAGUAUGUUUUUAAGUCGUGGACCAAGGAAGAGUUUGAGAAGAGGUGGCAGAAGUUGCUCGAUAGAUUUAAUCUUAGAGAAGUUGAGUGGAUGCAACAUUUGUAUGAUGAUCGUGCUUAUUGGGUCCCUGCUUUUGCAAGAGAUGUUUCUUUUGCUGGCUUAUGCACAUCUUCACGAAUGGAGAGUUUGAACUCUUCUUUUGACAAAUAUGUUCAGAUUGAAACAUCCUUGAAGGAGUUUAUAGUUCGAUACAGAGACAUUCUUGAGGAGCGAUAUGAGGAAGAAGCAAAGGCAAAUUUUGAUGCUUGGCAUGAAUCACCGGAGUUGAAGUCUCCAUCUCCAUUUGAGAAACAAAUGUCACUGGUAUAUACUUACGAAAUCUUUAAAAAGUUUCAAAUGGAGGUUUUGGGAGCUGCUGCGUGCCAUCUGAAGAAAGAAACUGAAGACGAAACUCUUGCGACUUACAAUGUCAAAGACUUUGAAGACGGUCAGAAUUAUGUUGUUGAAUGCAGUCACUCAAAUUCAGAUAUAUAUUGCUCCUGCCGUUCAUUUGAAUAUAAAGGUUUUCUCUGUAGACAUGCCAUUAUUGUCCUCCAAAUGUCUGGCGUUUUCAGUAUACCAUCCAAGUAUAUAUUGCAGCGUUGGACCAACACUGCUAUGAGCAGAAAUCCAAUCAAUGAAAAGUUGGAUGAAGUGCAAUGUAAGGUCCGUCGUUUUAAUGAUCUUUGUCGAAGAGCUAUAAUAUUGGGAGAAGAAGGGUCUUUGUCUCAGGAGAGUUAUGACAUUGCACUUUCUGCAAUUAAUGAAGCUUUGAAACAAUGUGCAACUGUGAGUAGGAGCAGUUCUGCAGAAAGUGAUGUGAGGUCUGACACCUCAGCAAUGCUUGUUUUUGGUAUUGAAGAUAACCAAUGCAACAACAACCUAGCUGUUGAUAAUGCCCCUGAUCUUAAGGUGAUUAAUGCUAAAAAAAUUCCUAACCUGGCAGGGUCGAGCAAUGAACCUGCAGUCAAUGAAAGCAACAAAAAUAGGAAGGUAUCUCAACCAUUUGCUACAAAUGCUGGAUCCCGGGAUGAUUUCAAUCAAAUGGCUUGAAGUGCGCGCAGAAAUAACAUGAGUGUCAGAACAAUGAUGGAUAUUAUUUUGAUAGCGUGGAUUGGAAGUUCUUAAAAGAAACGUGGACUGGAAGUUUGGUUUUCUUUAUAAAGUUUGUUUGUUUUUAAAGCAUUGAAAGGUCCCUGGACAUCUGAUAAAAAUUGAAUGGAGUGGAGAAGAUUAGCAUGACCUCUGUGCAAGGAUGACACACACAAAUGGAGAAAAUGAAAGUAUUGAUAUUGCCAAAUUUGACUUUAUUAACUUAGAUGAAGUAGAAAAAUGAUUAGGCUUAGACUGUUGAACAGUGCAAGGAAAAUCUGCAAAAUCUUGAUUUACCCUGUCUCUACUCUGAAGUCUGAAUCCGGAAAGUAUUUGACAAAUCAGCCUGUCUAGGUUGUUUUUGUUC